ACUUCCUGUCCAUUUCCAGGACGACAACGCUGUCAUCGAGAUGUCUCUGAAACUCGCCACCAUCUACGCGGAGCAGAACAAGGCGGAGCUUGCAGAGCACGGUUUCAGGUUCUGUACGGAGUCUCUGGAGGCCAAACUGCAGAAACAGAAGGAAACACCUGCAGACGAGUCGACAGAGGAGGACGAGGUUCUGAGGAAGGACACACGUCUCCUACUCGGUCUGUGUUUGGACUCGCGGGCUCGAUACCGAGCUUCAAUACUGCACCUGAAGCAGGCGGGACAGGACUACCAGGACGCCCUGGACAUCUGCCGCCAGGAGCAAGGAGACACACACCCACAGGUAGGACAUCGGGGACACACACGCCCA